AUGCCGGAGAUACAAUUUAUCAUCGCGUCUCCUCAAUCAGUGGGGUCCGGCGCAUCCGAGUCCCAAAGGACGAUGGCGCACUCGCACGCCGCCCGCUCCGCCCACGCCAGGAAGAGGCGCUUACGGACCAUCCAAUACCAGGCCCAGAAACGGCACUCCUCUCUUGUUAGCAUCCUGCCCGCCACUCGGGCAGACCCGUUCAUGAGCUUUGCCCGAUCCUUGGACCCCAUUGAGCCAAUGCUCUUCGAUCACUACGUGACCGUUGUCAUCCCGCUCAUGCGCUGCAUGGAGACUGCAAGCGGGUUUGCUCGCCGCAUGACGACGAUCUGGGUGCCACGGGCGAUAGCGGAAGCGAGUCUGCUGGAUCUGCUCUUUCUCGCCGCGUGUCGGCAUUUGGCUGCGAGAUAUGAAGAGAAGGAAGGGCGGUACUUCGACCGACUGGCUCUGCAGUACAAGCUUAGAUGUCUGCGGUCGUUACAGGAUGCGAUCGUGUCUGACACGCUGUUGCUGAGUGACUCGACCAUAUCACAGGCUAUCAUGCUGGCGUACGAUGAGCUGUUCGUCUGUGACGAGACAAUGUUGAAGCAUCAUGUCCAAGGGGCGAUCAAGAUGGUCGAGCUGAGCGGCGGGCUUCAGUCUCUUGGCCUGGAUGGUCUUCUGGCCCAUUUUCUUUCCAAUCUGAUGGAAGAAGGGAGUAUGAAGCCUCAACCAUGCAACCACAUCGGGUGA